AUGGAGCUGCCGAGUUCGCGCGUGUCUGCUCUUUCGGCUUAUCGUUCAGCCGGGCAGCUUCGGGAACGGGAACAGCCACCCCGUCCGACACACGGCCUGUCUGCCUCCGCAAAACGCCGGAGGAUCAAAAAGCGGUCCGCGAAGAGCGCAGCAGCCGGGGACAGGCUAGUAUCUCCGGGAGGCGGUGAUGCAGAGCAGCCUAGUAGCCACGACCGUCCCCUCCGGGGUACCCCGGAGAAGCUAAUAAAGAAAGCGCGGAUUAAGGCGGGAGCCAAGUAUGUGGCGCCCUUGCAGGGCCGGAAGAUGGGCCUGGGGAAGCGUGGGAAGCGUGAGCGUGGUCAGGCAAACGGAAAGCUCCCAGCGACUGCCGGCGCUCUGCAUGGGGAAAGCGCGACACCCACUAAGCGCUCUGCUCAGCUUCGUCCUCCGGGCCGCUCACUCCGGCAGCUUCUCCGAGACCUGGCAAACGUCCCGCAUAGCCGGCAGCGGGCAGCCCAACUGUUGGAGUGGCUCAUUGCUCCUAUUUCCCUGCAGCAAUUCUUCGGCCAUUACUGGGAGAAAAAGCCCUUGCUUAUCCACAGACACAGCCCAGGCUACUACCAGGACCUCUUCUCCACAGCUGAGUUAGAUGCCAUCCUUCGUGACCAAGAUGUUCAGUUUGGUGUCAAUUUGGACGUGACCAGCUAUGAAGAUGGAAAGAGGGAGACACAUAAUCCAGUGGGCCGGGCCAUGCCAGCUGUGGUGUGGGAUUUCUACAAGAAUGGGUGUUCUCUCCGGAUGCUGAACCCCCAGGCCUUUUCUUCUACAGUCUGGCACUUCCUCUCCAUCCUACAGGAGCAGUUCAACAGCAUGGUUGGGGCCAACACAUAUUUGACCCCUGCCGGAACACAGGGCUUUGCUCCUCAUUAUGACGACAUUGAAGCUUUUGUCAUCCAGUUGGAAGGAAAGAAGCACUGGCGGAUUUACAGUCCUAGGAAUGCAGCUGAAGUAUUGCCUCAGCUUUCAAGUCACAACUUUAAUCAAACAGAGAUUGGAGAGCCCAUUCUAGAGACUGUCUUGGAAGCUGGGGACCUGCUCUAUUUUCCCCGUGGAUUUAUCCAUCAGGGGGACUGCCUCCCAGAUGCACAUUCACUCCAUAUAACAGUUUCUUCAUAUCAGCGCAACUCAUGGGGAGACCUAUUGGAAAAGCUCCUGCCUGCAGCAUUGCAGAUGGCCAUUGAAGAGGAUGUGGAAUAUCGUCAAGGCCUCCCUGUUGACUACCUGGAAUAUAUGGGCAUUGUGAAUUCAGAUGCUGCUGAUCCCCGCCGAGUUGCCUUUAUGCAAAAGGUGAGUGCCUUAAUAACAAAACUCAUGGAUUAUGCACCAGUUGAUGCUGCGGUCGAUCAAAGAGCAAAGGCUUUUCUCCAUGACUGCCUUCCUCCAGUGUUCACUGAAAAUGAAAAGGCAUUGAGUAUAUAUGGUCAUCCAGCACGGUGGGAGAAUGGAAAUGUCCAAAAUGUUGAUGUCCAAAUCAAGGAAAAAACACAGGUACGGCUGCUUCGGUAUGGAAUUGUCAGACUGUGUAAUGAACGAGAUGGCAUGUUCCUGUAUUACACCACAGAAAACUCAAGGGUGUACCACAAGGAGUCGUCCAAGUACUGUGAAAUAGAGCCUGAAUAUAUAGAUAGUAUUGAACUUUUGCUCUCUUCUUAUCCCAAGUAUGUCAGUGUGGAAGAUCUUCCCUGUGCUACUUUGGAUGAUAAAAUUGCCUUGGCAACUGUCUUAUUUGAGAAGGGACUGUUGAUUACUAAGAACCCUCUGUUGUCUAUCUAGUAUGCCAGAUACAGUCAAAAUAAAUACAUUUUGAGAAAGAA